AUGCAGAGUUGUAAAGUAUUGGUUCAAUGCGUAGAUCUCUCUGUCUCUAACGCCCCCGUCUCUCUCUCUCUCCUCCUCCCAGGGAUCCGCUCGUGGGACGUGGAGCUGACCGCCUGCAACCUGGAUGAGCAGCUCAAGCUCUUCGUGUCACGCCACUCCGCCUCCUUCUCCGAGGAGGUCAAAGGACAGAGGACCCUCCACCACAGCGGGGACGUGCUUGAGACGCAGGUCGUCGUUAACCCUUCGGAUGACUUUGUGUGCUCAGAGGUCCGGAGACUGAUCUCUGAUGUUUCACGACACAAACUGCUGGUUCUUGCGGGUCAGUGUGUGGAGGACACUGGGGACCUCGUGUUGCAGACCGGCUGCUUUUCAUUCCAGGAUUUCAUUCAGAUCUUUGCAGACAAAGAGAUUGGCGAGUUGCUGAGCUCAGCCGACCCCACACACAAAGCCAGUCUCACCUUGGCUUGUCCGGACUGUGGGGACUGGAAUAACUCCGUGCUGGAGAAACACAACCUCCAAGACUUCAUUGAGAUCAAAUCCAACCCCCCUGCCAUCCUCCCUGAGAUGGAGGGGCUGCAGGAGUUCACAGAAUACCUCUCGGAGUCCCUCGAACCCCGCUCUCCCUUCGAGCUGUUGGAGCAGCCCAACACGGUUGGCUUCCUGAAGCUCUCCAAGCCAUGCUGCUACAUCUUCCCAGGCGGGAGGGGGGACUCUGCCUUUUUCGCAGUUAACGGAUUCAACGUCCUGGUCAACGGGGGCUCCGAUCCCAGGUCCUGCUUCUGGAAACUGGUGCGCCAUUUAGACAGGAUAGAUGCCAUACUACUGACCCACAUUGGCAUUGACAACCUGCCUGGGAUCAACAGCUUGCUGCAGAGGAAGACUGCUGAGCUGGAGGAAGAUCAGUCUGCAGGAUCCCAGAGCAACGAGGACUGGCUGAAGAAUCUGAUCUCCCCUGAGCUGGGGGUGGUGUUUCUCAAUGCCCCCGAGAGGCUCAAAACCAUAGAGAGCAAUCCAAAAGUGCUGAGGAGCAGCGAUCAAGUGGCGCUGACCUUGCAGCACCUGGAGAGGUUGGGCAUUCGUCCAGAACCUCUCUGUCGGACCAACGCUGCAGUGGUGGAGCCAGUCAUCCUUUUCCAGAAGAUGGGGGUGGGCCGCCUGGAGAUGUAUGUUCUCAAUCCUGUUAAGGGCAGCAAGGAACUCGAAGCCUUGAUGCAGAACUGGCCUGGGAACAGUUCCCCCAAAGACUCUGAGUGUCUGGCUUCCAUCUGUGCUCUUUUGAUCUGGCACCCCGCUAAUCCUUUGGAGAAGAUCAUCCGUGUUCUCUUCCCCGGCUGCACACCUCAAGGCAAGAUCUUGGAAGGCCUAGAAAAGAUGAAGCACCUGGAAUGUCUCAAGCACCCAGUGGUGAGCCAGAAAGAUCUGGAUGCCCCCAAAUCCGACAAACAACCAAAGAGGACGGAGAGCAGAGAGAGUCUUAAGUCUGGUCCGAGAGAUUCAAGAUCUGGUAGUGGUACACUGAAGGAUAAAUUGGGUCAGAAGAAACCAGAGACAAAAGGUAAGGAAAAAAUCAAAACUGCAUCGAGCGACUUGCCAAAAGAGGGGGCAGCCGGGAAGGAAGGGGAUGACAAACUAAAAGCUGACGUGAAGCCAAAGUCUACAAAGGAGAAACCAGCAGCCAAAAAGGAUCCCUCAAAAGAUGAUAAAAAGGAGGUCAAGAAGAAGGAAGAGAAAGUCCCUGCUAAGAAAGAGGACAGUGGAGAGAAAAAGGAGGGGAAGAAAGAACUGGUGAAGAAGGACUCUGUCAGCACAAAACUGAAGAAAGACCUCAAGGUGGAACCCAAGAAGGAAGUCAAAAAGGAUGUGAAAGCAGAGGAGAAAAAAGUGACCAAGCAGCCAGCCAAAGAGGUCAAGAAAUCCAUGGGUGUUGCAGCUGCCGCAGCAGACCCUAAGAAGCUACCGGGUAAAGCGGGUACACUGAAGAAGGAUGGAGUUACAGGGAAAGCUACACCUCUGGCCAAAGGUGCAAAACCAAAGACCCUUAAGAAGGAGUCUGAUCCCAAGAGCCACCCAGCAGCUGGCCAUUCAGAAGGGGAUGCAGAACGUUCCAAGAUGUCCACUCCUGAGGACAUGACCGCAGAGUUUGAGAAGCUCAAAGAGGAGAGCAAAGGGGAGCAGGGUGGAGAUGCUGGAAAUAAAGCCAAGGGAGAGUUGAUGGAUGAAGGGAUCACCGGGGCAGAAAGCCAGCACGAUUGGUCACCAGGGGACAAUGAAACUAAUCACCAAAACGAAGGAGAAACGGCAGGAGAGGAAGAGUUUGAAAGCCCAGAGAAGUUCCGCAAUAUGGAGGCCAUCCCCAACCCCAACAAAAGCCUGGGACCCCCUUCUCCACUAGCAAAGACCCCAAAGAGUGACCGUAGUGUGAACUUCGACCUGACCCCUACAGAGUACAUACUGCUAGAGGGAGGCCUGAAGGACGGGUUUCUAAAGAACGGCCAGGAGGACCCAUGUGCCAGUUCAGAUGAGAAGACCCUGGAGAUGGUAUCCCCUCCAGAUUCGGGUCCUGCCAGCGCUGGUCAUACCCCUUUCAACCAGUCCCCAGUAGAGGAUGCCCUGGGCUCUGGAGAGGAAAGCAGUUUAGGAGGCAAGAUCUCCAGCCUGGUCUUUGAUGAUGGGAAGCUUUUGAGUUCUUGCAGGAAUUCUGAAUCUGGCUGCCCCAGGUCUGGCAUGGAAAACUCUUCUUCCUCCCAGUACAACCAGUCCAGCUUCCUAUCUCUUAGUCCCUUCAGGGACAUGAUGCCUGAUGUCUCCUCCACCAUCACCACCUCCUCCUUUCCAGCCGAAGUGGGGUCCCCCCAUUCCACGGAAGUGGAUGAGUCUUUGUCGGUGUCGUUUGAGCAGGUACUGCCACCGGUGAGCGAGUCUCCCCAAGAGGAGAUGAGCGACCGACCCUAUGCUAAUGGCCACUACUCUGUGGACCCAGAAGCAAAGGUAGGAAUGACACUGCCUCUGAGGACGUCCCACAAUAUCCAGCCUCCUGGGGAUGGUUUGGAGGGGCGCAUCCCUCCACCUCAUGGUGCCCUGCCUCUGUCCGAGCUCCCUCCUCAUGACGUUGACCUCUGCCUGGUCUCCCCCUGCGAGUUCAAGCACUCCAAAUCCCUUGAACACCAGCUCUCCCCUCCCCUGGUCAACCCCAGUCCUCGGGAGCUCUCGGACGAUAGUGACCUUUCCCAGGAACUGGCCAAGCCUCUAACCGAGCGGCGGUCCUGCGGCAAUCGCAAAGCGCCCCAUGGCAGCGAGACACCGCCCUCUUCCGCCAGCGAGUCUCUACCCACCCAGUCCGACUCGGAUGUGCCUCCCGGUACUGAAGACUGCCCCUCUAUCACUGCAGGCGGGGGCUUAGAUUCGGAUGAUGAUUCAGAGAGCUUCCCAGGAUCCCUCCUCUCCCUCGCUAGUACUGACUCUGAUGGUAUCCCCUCAGAGGAUCCCCUCUCCCUCGCUAGUACUGACUCUGAUGGUAUCCCCUCGGAGGAUCUCCUCUCCCUCGCUAGUACUGACUCUGAUGGUAUCCCCUCGGAGGAUCUCCUCUCCCUCGCUAGUACUGACUCUGAUGGUAUCCCCUCGGAGGAUCUCCUCUCCCUCGCUAGUACUGACUCUGAUGGUAUGCCCUCGGAGGAUCUCCUCUCCCUCGCUAGUACUGACUCUGAUGGUAUGCCCUCGGAGGAUCUCCUCUCCCUCGCUAGUACUGACUCUGAUGGUAUCCCCUCGGAGGAUCUCCUCUCCCUCGCUAGUACUGACUCUGAUGGUAUCCCCUCGGAGGAUCUCCUCUCCCUCGCUAGUACUGACUCUGAUGGUAUCCCCUCGGAGGAUCUCCUCUCCCUCGCUAGUACUGACUCUGAUGGUAUGCCCUCGGAGGAUCUCCUCUCCCUCGCUAGUACUGACUCUGAUGGUAUCCCCUCGGAGGAUCUCCUCUCCCUCGCUAGUACUGACUCUGAUGGUAUCCCCUCGGAGGAUCUCCUCUCCCUCGCUAGUACUGACUCUGAUGGUAUCCCCUCGGAGGAUCUCCUCUCCCUCGCUAGUACUGACUCUGAUGGUAUGCCCUCGGAGGAUCUCCUCUCCCUCGCUAGUACUGACUCUGAUGAGGAUCCCCUCUCCCUCGCUAGUACUGACUCUGAUGGUAUCCCCUCGGAGGAUCUCCUCUCCCUCGCUAGUACUGACUCUGAUGGUAUCCCCUCGGAGGAUCUCCUCUCCCUCGCUAGUACUGACUCUGAUGGUAUCCCCUCGGAGGAUCUCCUCUCCCUCGCUAGUACUGACUCUGAUGGUAUCCCCUCGGAGGAUCUCCUCUCCCUCGCUAGUACUGACUCUGAUGGUAUGCCCUCGGAGGAUCUCUUUGUAGUCAUCACAGCGUGCAGUCUGCACUGUGCCACCUGCUUCCUGUCGCCUCUACGCGUGGGCAUGCUCAGAAUCAUCGCAGACAGCGCGGGUCCCUGCAGAAGGAGCCGUUCUCUGGGCUCUCUCCACGUGGGCCCCCCUUCUCUGCCACGGUGCCCUAAAGCUCCGCAGCAGCCAGGAGCCAACUGGUCCCAGAGGAGCAUGGCAGCCAGGUUUAGGGUCUGCCAUUGCCCUUAUAGGAAGGGCUAUCUAAACUGA